CUAUGUGGCAAGGGCUGAAGUAAAGGAUGUUAAAAUGGAAGAGAAAGAUAUUAUAAACAGUGAAUCCUCGGCGGAAGUUGAAGGGAGUUAUAACUCCCAGCAGCUGUGAGUCGUGUGUGGGAGAUUUUUAAAUUCCUGAAGUAUGGGAUCUUAUGUUGUAUAUGGAUGUACGAACAGAACUUCUAAGAAUGUUCUUGGAAUUACUUUUCACGCGUAUCAAAAUAAAGUAACUGACAGAGAAGGAUUGAAUUGAAUAUCUUUAUAUAAAGUAGCUUACAAACAUCAAAGAACAUCAUGGACUUAGAUCUCAAUAUUCUGGACUUAGAUUAUCCUACUUUUUAUAAAAUUAGAAGCAUUUUGGAUGUUAAAAGCACUAGGGAGGAUUUCUUGGCAGCGUUUCCUCCUGGGUUUUUUAGGUCUGAAUUUUUGUUUACAAUGGAUGUGGAAGCCUUUAAAAUGAAUAAGACUCCUGCUGAGUACUUACUUCUUCACUUAGGAUCCAGAGGAGUUUGUGUGUAUCAUCUAAUAGAAUUAUUUGAAGCAAUAAAUUUAGAAAAAGCUUUAGUUAUUUUAAAACAGCCAGAACCAUUAGAAAUUGUUGAACAACCCCCGACUAGAUUAGAAUUACGAGAGGGUGCAAAACUUCUGAUUACUUGUAAAGCUACAUCUUAUCCUCCUCCUGAAUAUCAUUGGUUUAAAGAUGAUGAAGAAUUAUAUUUACAGCAGGAUCCAGAUCUUACUAUAGCCUCAGUCAAGUUGAAAGACAGUGGAAUUUAUAGAUGUAAAGUUGUCAGUCACAAUCCAAAUAUAAAUGAUUAUUCCUACAUAGUCUCUGAGCCAGCAGAAAUUGUUGUGUUUUCAAAUGAAACAUCUAUUAAGAGUUGUGAAGCAUCAACAUUGCAAGUGCCAAAUUCAUCACAUUUUAUCAUUCCUGAGAAAAGUGAUUGUCAGUUUGAUUCUACUGAAAUUCCAAGAGAUGACAAAAAUGCAAUUAAAGUUGUAAAGCAACCAUAUGUUAAUGGAAAGGUAGCUCAAGGCAUGAUUCUGUGUUUGAAUUGUGAAGUUAGUAGUGCAUAUCCUGUAAAUUACCAGUGGUACAGAAAUGGAGAUGCUAUUGAUGGGCAGACUUCAUCAAAACUAGAACUGAAUUAUUUGUAUCCUGAUCAAAAUGGUGAUAUGAAAUGGCAGUUUUUCUGUAAAAUUUUUAAUGAAUAUCAUGAAACAUUUUCGGAAACUGUUGUUGUAGAACUUCAAGAUGCAGAUGAAACGACUCCAUAUUUUGCUGAAGAAAAAGUUGCCUUUAUGAUUGCAAAUGAUACUUAUGAUAACUUAGAAGAGUUGAAGAAACCUGCUCCUGAUGUUGCCGACCUAGCUAAACUGCUUUCCUCAAUGGACUUUAAAAUUUUUGCAUUCAGGAAUUUGAAUUACACUGAAAUGAAGAAUGCUUUCCAUACAUUCUGUGAAAUGUUAAAACCAAAUUCGUAUGUUUUGUUUUACUAUGCUGGACAUGGAUUUGAAUCAUGUGGACAGACUUAUCUUCAGCCAACUGAUUGUAGUUUUGAGUCUUUAUUAGAUGAAUCAAUUUGCUCAGAGUAUAUACUAAAGUAUAUGCAAGAUACUAAACCUGCUGUAAAUAUCUUGUUGAUAGAUGCUUGCAGAAAAUUGCCAUUUCAGUUUAAAGAAACAUGCCAAAAGGAGUGCCAGUCUGGUAAAAUAUUUGAAGCCUACAUGAAGAAUAAUACCAUUUAUGGGUAUUCUACUUCGAAACUGUGUGCAUCCCAUGAAAGUGAUUCAGAACCAAAUGGUUUCUUUGCAAAACAUCUGAAAAAGUACAUAGCACAAAACAAAAAAAUUCAGGACAUUCUCAUGAAGGUUCAAACAGAUUUUGCUGGAGACCCACAACUAAGAAAUAUCCAGUCUCCUGUCAUAUGUACAAGUCUUUCAGCUCCUAGAAAACUUUGUGACCGUCUACGAAAGCCUACUGCUGUGAACGGCAUUUUAUCAUGGGCAGAUAUAAAAUGUCCACAUGUUUAUAAAAAAUUUGACCUGGCCAAACUUAAAUCAACCAUCGUAUUAGAAUUUCAGCAUUAUAUGGAUGUAUUUUGUAAUGCAUUUGAUGUUACUGUAUAUAUAGAUACAAAGGAAGAUGCACCUUUAAAAAUUUUGUGUGAUAUGGAAGUGAAUAUAUUUUUUAAUUCACCUGAUAUAAAAGUGAUACCUAUUGAGGGUGUUCAUUUAAGAGAUAUUCCCUUGUGUUUGGAUGCAAGGAAUGUUUUGGUUAUAAAAGAGAUUCACGAUUUGCAUAAAAUGAAGAGUCUAUUCCUGGAUGGCAAAUUGUUACUCAGGUUCUGUAUGCAAGACAAGCAAAUAGAUACAGAAUUUUCCAUGCCAGUUGGAAAACUAGCAGAACUGAAACUUUCUAUUAAUCAACUGAAAUCAAAUGAAGAAACAAAAAAUAAUGCUGGAAAACCUAAAGACCUAAAUUUAUUUAAUAGUGUUUCAUCAGAAGUUGAUAAUGUUUUUCUUGAUCACUAAUUAUGCCAAAGACUUUUACCAUUUUUUAGCAGACUUUUACCAGACAAAAUUUUUACCUUUUAUACUUAUUUUUAUACAUGAAAUUUUUCUCGUAUUUCGUAGAUGUAUAUCGUUAAGUGCCUACAGUAGUCAAACACAACAUCAAGUCUUGACCACCAGCCUCUCUAAAUAUAAAAUAUAUGGGCUGGAAGUGCCAAAACAUGAAUAGUUCCAUUAUUUAAAAUAUUUUCGUACUUGGAAGUGUAUGACUAUGAUGAACAGACCACUUAAGGACUUUUUGUGGACAUUAUGUAUAUAAUGUACAUUUUAACAUGUAUCAUGUUUGAAAUAUGUAUCCAAAUUUCAAAUGCAGAACUGUGAACACUUCAAAUAUUAUAGUUAAUUGAAUUAAUAAUAAAAACAGUGACAACAGACUUAUGCGAGAUUAUAAGAAAAGCUUGUUUUGUAUGUAUAUCAUAAUCUAGUCAGUUUUAAAAUAUUACAUAAAUAUAUUGAGAAACUAUUUAUAUGUAAGAGUAUUUUAAAUUUCCUUAUACAUUUAUGUAAUAUAUUCAUAUUUUUUCUUUUAAUUUAUCGAUAUUUUUUAUGUAUGAUGAUGAUAAAAUAUGGAAGCUUACAUAAACAUUAAAAUUUUCUUAGUAUAGCAGUAUGAGUUACAUGCAAUUAAUAGGAAAGUUGCUAUUUAUAUUUUUGGCCUCGGCAACAGUAAGUGUUGCUAGGCGACCGUAGAAGACUGCAGUCGAAAAUUUGAUAUUUUUAACCAUAUCUUCUUCAGAACAUUUUGGCAUUUUAGCUUGAUUUGUAUUGUUUACAGUAAACUGAAAAAUUGAUCUUGGGCAAAGAAUGAAAUUGACUCGUGAACAUUUUCGUGCAAUUAUUUUUCAGAACUUUCGACAUGGAUUAUCAAGACGAGUGCUUCGAUGAAGCGCAAUCCUACAGUGUAAAAAACUGGUACAACAAAUUCAGUCGUGGUCUAUGUUCACUUUAGGACGCAUUCUUUGAAAAUCAUUCAAAAUCGGUUGUGCCAGAAAAUAUCAAUGCUGUGCAUGAACUGAUAAACCAAGAUCGACAUAUGACAUACCAUGAGAUUGAGGCAUCUUUGGGCAUUAGUAUGAUGAGCAUCAAUAAGAUAUUACAUGAACAUUUGGCCGUAAAAAAGAUUUGUUCACAUUGAAUCCCGCAUAAUUUGAUAAACGCUCAAGAGAAGGCUUAUGUUGAUUGGUGCAAGGAAAUAUUGGAAAUAUAAUGUUAUAUAAUACUAUAUGGAAAUAUUCAAGGUGCAUCAAAUGCUGUGUAUAAUGUGUAUACAGGUGACGAAUCGUGGAUCUAUGCAUAAGAGCCCGAAACAAAACAACAAUCAACUGUAUGGGUCUUCUAAGAGAAGACAAAUCCAAUAAAAGUUGUUAGCAGAAGAAGCAUAUCGAAGUAAAUGGUUGUCUGUUUCUUCGGUAUUACUCAUCACUUGGUGAUAGAGCAAUGCAGGACAGUCAAUUCUGAAUGGUACAUGACCAUUUGUUUGCCAGAAAUCAUUGGAUAAAUUCGAAAAAAGCAGAAGAGGCGAAUCAUUCUUCUUCAUGACAAUGUGAGCUGUCACACAUCAGCUCAAACAACUAUAUUUUUGAUGGGCCAAAACAUCGAAUUGAUGGGUCAUCCACAGUACAGCCUUGAUUUGGCACCCAAUAACUUAUUUUUAUUCCUGCAUAUCAAAAGUAAAUUACAUGGUCAGCGAUUUGCUACACCCAAAGAAGUAGUUGAUACAUUCAAAACACAUAUUUUGGAGUUACUUCGAUCUGAGUGAAAAAGUUGCUUCGAAAAUUGGCUCAAAUGCAUGCAAAAGUGUAUUGAUCUUCAUGGAGAAUAUUUUGAAAAGCAAUAAAACCAAUUUUGAUCAUAAACAUUUGGUUUUUCAUUAUUAGAUCAGAAAUACAAAUAGCAAUCCUCAUAAAUUUGUUUGUUUUGCUCAUCUUAUCUUAUAUUUUUACUAGAAUAUCGUAAAAUUUUAGAUACGUAGUGGCCAGGGCCGUUCCUAGCGGGGGUGCAGCACGAAAAAAUAAGCGAACAGAUGGACUGUCAGGAUACUACUCUUAAAUGUUUUAAAUUCAUUAAAACUAUUGUAAUUUAGAUUCGCAACUACCUAUUAUAAUAUAAGGCUACUUCCAGCUGAAUGCUAGUAGCAUUAGCCACAUUGCAGAAUGAUACAACAGUGGAUAUGGAGUUAAAGAAAGACGGAAUGAUUUGAGAAGGAGCGGGAAAAUUCACGAGAAACAGAGGCCCAAUAUAUCACGUAUAGACAUCAGGCGAAUGUAAUUUGUCAUUUAAGUUGUUUGUAUGUAGUGUCUAGUAGUGUGCAUAAUUAUUAUCCCGGCAUCCGGUAGUGAAACAAAUACCUGCAGUGUGAAAUAAAUAAGUCUGAUAUAAGUAUGAGAUAAAUUUGAAUUAAAAAUAGUGUGAUGAAUAUGAACUAGUAGUAGUAGUAAUAUGAACUAGUAGUGGCAGUGCUGAAGGACAUAGGCAUAGAUCUAAUAAGUGUUGUUAUUAAAUAAUUACUGUUUUAUGUUUUCGAAUGUUACAAUUUUUCUGACUCAUUGAAUCCCGCAAAAGAUAAGAAUGUUGCAAUAAAAAUAUAAGUAUCUAA